GUUCUUUGCUAGUAACUUGUUGUCGCUGGUUUCCGACAAUCAUCGAAAAGCGGAAGCAAAUUUUACGGAAAGAUCCGAACGUAGGCCGAUGAAAGCCGAUAAGCGGCUUCAAGAUGGCGGGCUUUCGGGAUCGCGAAAAACAACAUUUCCCUCUACAAAGUAUUCAAUCUGCUGUCGACUUAUUUAGAGAUCAACUGGCAAAUUCCGAAGAGCCCAACCUGGCUUUAUUGUCAAUUGUGUUGGGGUGUAUUGAAAAUACACUGACACUCAACAGAGCAGUGUCAUCACGGGACGAUAAAGCCAAAGGUUUGGAACCGAUCUUUCCUGUGAUCGAACUUUCUACAGUUGAAGCGCUCUACACUAAAUUUGUGACGCUUGUCAAGAGCUCUGUUGAUCUGUCAAACAACACUGGGGAGUAUUCCUCACGAGAGUUAGUGAAGAAGGUGUCAGACGUUAUUUGGAGUUCGCUAACGCGCAGUUACUACAAGGAUAAAGCACACCUCCAAUCUCUCUACAGCUUUCUGACGGGAAACAAGCUAGAUUGUUUUGGUGUUGCAUUUGCGGUUGUGGCAGCCUGCCAAGUUCUGCGUCUGAACGAUGUACACCUGGCGCUGUCCGAGGACCAUGCAUGGGUUGUGUUCGGGAAGGACUUGACAGAGUCAGCUGAAGUCACAUGGCAUGGCAAGGGCAAUGAGGACAAGCGAGGUCAGCCAAUCAACGUUGGCGUUACAGAGAAGAGUUGGUUAUACCUGAAUGGCCAGCCCGUGGUGUGCAGCCGGCACAUGGAGACAGCAGCCAUUGUGUCUGGAAUAAAUCCGUCUUUAAACGCCACCAUGGACAGUGUGGAGAUGGGAUCCUUGCAGCAGGAAUUACUGUGGCUGCUGUAUGAUAAAGGUCAUCUAGCGAAGUAUCCCAUGGCCCUUGGCAACUUGGGAGAUUUGGAGGAGAUAUCUACCUCACCUGGUCGACCGCCGCCUUUGGAACUUUUCAAGGAGGCCAUCACAUCAUGCAAGAAGAAUUACAACAACCAGCAUGUCUAUCCAUACACAUAUCUCGGGGGAUUCCUGUACAGGAAGAAACUCUACAAAGAUGCCAUACAAGCAUGGGCUGAUGCCAGCUCUGUUGUCAAGAGCUUCAACUACAACCGUGAAGAUGAAGAAAUCUACAAGGAGUUCCUGGAGAUAGCCAAUGAACUUGUUCCAAACAUUGUCAGAAGCGUAGCAAGUGAAUUACACAGAAAUUCAGAGACACGUCCACUUCUGCAAGAUCCUGAGGUAUACAAGGACAUUUUACGCUUUUAUGACGGUAUCUGCGAGUGGGAAGAGGGAAGCUCUACGCCAGUGCUUCACGUAGGUUGGGCGCAGCACUUAGUGUACACGCUCUCAAAGUUUGAUCCCCGCGUUCGAAGUUUCCUGGAUGUUGGAGCGUCUGAUGGAGACGAUGAUGAUGAAGAAGAAGAGAACCAAGAACCGAAGGCUAAACGUGAAUCAACACGAAGAGCAUCACACAGUGACGGAACGGCUCCUGUUGGGAGAGGGAGACGGGGCCGAAAGAAAGCAGCGAAUGAUGCGGAAACAAAGAAUGAUGUGAAAAGUAACGGAAAUGGGGUCAGUGUGAAUGGUAAGAGUGACGAUGAUCAAAUUAAAUCAACGAUCGAGGAACUUGUUUCCAAGGUCGGAGAAGAAGGACAGAAUGACACGCCCAAUCCCAACAUUGCAGCUUUAGCUCAGGCCUGUAGUGAGUCUAUUUUGAACAAGGAUUAUUUGUUAGGAGGGGGUGAGCCUUUCACAACAACAGCCACUGCUAUAGCCACCUCCACAUCCUCCGAGCCCAGAGUAGAAAUUAAUGAAUUUCUUAGUACAAAAUCGAAUGGCACACCCUUCAUGGGGCUGACGGUUGAAACCAUGUUGAAAGCUGAAAGCCCUGCUGACAUGAUGCUGUGCAGAAAGGAAACAGAUUCUCAACCAGCACCAGAUGACCUUGGGACCAAGGUCGACAUUCUAGCAAGCUUGGACCCAGUUUCUUUGUCUCUCCGCAGUGAGAAGAUGAAGGGCCUGAAGAAGUUGCUAACGUCAUCUAAGCUAAACACAAGUGCGAUAAAACUGCAGCUAACUGCGCAGUCGCAGGUGCAUCUGAAGCACAGUAAACGUGGAAGUGAAGCCGAGAUGGCAUCAAUGCGGAAAAGAACUAGAAGGGAAUGAACCCUUCCAAAAUUCAGGAAUCAGAUGCUGAGUUGUCUCCUCUUUAACUUGCUGUUCAUUUUCUGUGGAUGGGUCGGCAGUAAUUCGGUGGGACAUAGUAAUGUAUAGUGCUACUUGGUGCAUAUCCCACAGUCUGUCGGUUUGUCUUUGUGUUGAAGUUCAGGAAUAAAGUUACUGUAGUAGUUGUGUGGAAGUAAGCAUGAAUUUAAAGAGGGACUUGCUCCAUUGCCAGGUUCCCACGUCCUCCAGGUUUACUGUUGUAGUCGGUGCCCUGUGUAAAACUGACACAUUGUCUGGGUAACUGGUGUCAUUAACUAGGUUGAUAUACGUCAUAGAAUUUCAGUUCGCAGACAAAGUUGUCCUUGGCUUACUCGAAUGAAACCUACUAGUAGCAAGUACCAGGAUUGCCAGCCCAAGCAUAGUCCCUCUUUAAGCCUGAAAGUUUACCAGUGUGGUAAAUGAUCAGAGACAUGUAAGUUUAAGUUCCUGAUAGGACCCCAGGAAUAUCCUACCAACUGUAACCGGUGCAUGAUUCCAUGAGUUUCUAGGCAUGAAAAAGUAUGUGUGUUUCUGCUUUCCAGACCGACUCUGAAAUCCUUAAACCUGAACAUUUUCUCAUUUUUCUCAAGUUGCACUGUCCAUUUUUCCCCCAUCUUGGUAUUGUCAGUAUUUCGUCCCACUGGCUUCACUAUAGAAACACCAGUCGGUAUCUUCAUGUGGAAGAAGGCUUUAACUGACUUACUGCAAAUUUCUGAUUUGUAAAGAAACAAAAAUCUUUUUAAAAUCAUAACAACCCACCUACCAGAGUUUUGAAAGGGCUGAAACAGGAAGUGCACACAUUCUUUUUUUUGCCUGAUGAUACUCUCUUAGUCAACUGAAUAUCAUCUUUUGAAAGAAAGUGUAGAAUCUAAGUCUAUAUAAAGACAUUGUAUACCGGUAAUCAUGUACUUCUGCAGUUUGGGAGCACCAUAAAAAUCAAAAAUGUUUUAAGCUUCUUAACUAACUGAUAUCCACAAUAUUUUUACAUUUUAGCCUUUUUACUGCAGAAUGUGCUGGUUUUUCUAAGCCUUUUAUUCAUUGCUGUCACUCACUUCAAUGUUUUUACUGUGUUAAACUCAUCCUGCCAUAUUGUAUAUAUUUGUUGCCAUGGUUACAGUGUGUUUAUUUACACAUCUUAGUUGUGACUGAUGGGUCAUGAUCUAUACCCUUGCUGUCAGUGCUGUAGAGCGAUUUGUGCAAACGAUUGUAUUUGUGAAACAACAUCAAUAUUUAGGCCAUUCUAUGAUGUUUAGUGCUAAGUUACGUGACCUGUCACCCAAGUAGGUUAGAGAGUGAUCAUCCCGUAUCUGAAUGAUGUUGCAGUCUCCUUUUUGCCCCAGUAUCCAUUUGACCACUGCAGGCUUUCUAUAUUUUGGGGACUUGAUUUCAUGCAGUUUUAGAUUGAUGCAGGAAUUGGUCAUGCAGAUAUAUCUAACAUUGGUAACACUGAAACAAGGAACGGCACUCUACCACCACUACAUCUAGACAUGAAAACCACAAGUGGUUAUCUCCCAUGGAUAUUUGAAAAGCAAGAAUCCCACAUUGAUAGCCAAGGAGAAAUUUACAAGAUUCUUUCCUGCUCACUGUUCAGACGUUAUUCGUGCAUGCUAUUCAUACAUCUAAACAAUUUAAUGAACCCCCAAUUCGGUGGAAGGGGGUAUAUUUAAAAUACAUGUAGUACCAUUAGACUUUGGGGGCACGUCUUUUAAUGCUUCCUUAUCUCAAUAAUUAUUUUUUAUAAACACAUUUGAAUUUGUCCUGGUGAAUAAAGUUAUUUCUGCAUGGUAACCAUGGUAACUAUGUGGUUGUCAUGGAGAAGUGGAUCCCGACGUGUGACAAGCAUGGUGCUGACAAGACAGUGUACGUACUUGGUAUAUACGUAGGUUAGGUUCAUUUAGGUUAGGCUGUUAUUGUGCUUCCUGUUAAACAAUUAUCAAUUUAUUGUCCAGACAUUUCCAAGAUUACAAACUUUAAAGAGAAAACUGUACAUUCAUGUCAUCUUUACAAUUCCCUUACAGGAUACAAAAAGUGUUUUCAUACCAGUUAAGGUUCACAUGAAAAAAUCUACAAAUCCAGCUCUCAAAAUGGCAACUAAUUUGAUUUGGAACACGUCAUAACUUAUUUGCCACAUGUUUUUGUUCAUACUUGGUAAUGUUACUGUUGGUUACGAAAUGAUUCAUGCAUGCGUGCAUGAAUGCAGGUAAAUCUUAAACACUUUUCUGUCAAUAAUUUACCAUAAUCUUGAAUGAAAGAGACAAGGCACCAUAGAAUCAUAUGGUUUGCCUACAAAGCCUUCAAAUUUUUAUCCCAUAAAUAAGUACUGAUAAUAAGAUACCGUUUUACAAUGUAUUUUCUGGCAGGCCAAACAUCUGUAGUACCAGUUUGGAAGUAAAGCAAUCACAGAUAAGUGACUUUCAGUGGAUUAUUCAUUCAGGAAGGUUUUAUAUUUAUAUUGUUUCUUUGAGUGGAGGUAUAGAAUCUUGACGUUUCUGCACAGUGUAUGUACUAGUGAACAACAAUGUCAUUAAAAUCACACCUUUUAUUCCACCCAAUACCUCUCUACAAUGUCAUUAAAAUCACAUCUUUUACUCCGGCCAAUACCUCUCUGCAAUGUCCUUAAAUUCACAACUUUUACUCCGGCCAAUACCUCUCACUGCAAGAACAUCUGAUAACACCCCCAAAGAAGGUCGCGUCAGGUCAACCAUGAGCAAACUUUGACCAGCCAGUCUACAGGAAGGAUGUGUAGGUUUUUGAUCCAUUCAGCUGUCUUAAAACAAUUUGGCAGUAUUGCUUUACCAUUUUUUAGUUUACCAUUUUUACAAAAGAGCACAAAACACAAAUAUCCCUUUAAUGGAACUACUGUUUUAGUGUAGAUACUGUGACCCUUUGAAAAGACAGGGUGUAUAAAAUAUCCACAACAAUAUAAUGGCACUGCGUUCUACAUUUUCAACUGGUUGUUAUCCCCCGCCGCGCGAAAGCGCGAAGCGGGGGAUAUAGUAUUCACGACCAUCCGUACGUCCCACCUGUUUGUUGCCGCGAUAUCUCAAGAACUAAACACUGGAUUGUCUUCAU